AUGGCUUCCACCAACAAUUUCAGAGCAAAAAGUUUUGUAGGUUCGACUAGGACUGGGAUUACUUAUAAAGCUGUUCUUUCUGAUGGGUCUGAGCUUGCAAUCAAGCGGCUUAAUGCUUGCAAAUUAAAUGAAAAGCAAUUUAGGUCAGAGAUGAAUAGGUUAGGGCAGCUUAGUGUCAUGCCCCGCCUGUGGAGGCACCCCAAUUUGGCUCCGGCUUUGGGGUUGUGUGUGGUGGAAGAGGAGAAGUUCUUGGUUUACAAGCAGAUGUCAAAUGGAACUUUGUACUCAUUAUUGUAUGGGAAUGAGAUUGUAUUGGAUUGGGCAGAUAGAUUUAGGAUUGCUUUAGGUGCUGCGAGAGGGCUUGCUUGGCUUCACCAUGGCUGCCAACCUCCAAUCUUGCACCAGAAUAUUAGCUCUAGUGUGAUUCUCCUUGAUGAGGACUUUGAUGGGAGGAUAAUAGAUUUUGGACUAGUGAGGCUUAUGAUUUCUUCCGAGUCGAAUGGGAGUAGUUUUGUCAAAGAUGAUUUUGGUGAUUUCGGUUAUGUGGCUCUGGAGUAUUCAAGCACGGUGGUUGCUUCAUUAAAACGGGAUGUUUAUGGUUUCGGUGGAGUGCUUUUGAAGUUGGCAACAGGUCAGAAACCUCACAAAGUUUGUGACACUGAGCCAAUGGUCAAAAGAUCCAAUUAG